UAUUGAAUAUACGAUGGAGUCGUUCAUAGAGAUAAUGAUCGUAAAAUCGUGUAAACAUAUCAAGUUUGACGAUAAUUAAUCCGAUGAAAUGUUUGUCGUUUUGUUUAUUUCAUUUGUGGUCAUUUGUAUGACAACGAUUGCAUUCUUGCUUCUCAUGGGGCAAAAAUCUGGUCAAGCGAAAUCAUUGAUGUCAGUCCUUGGAAGUGGUGGUCAUACCCAUGAAAUGUUAACAUUAGUCAAAUCUUUGAUCGAUCAUGAUAAAUCGAAUAGUGAGACAACUCUUGGAAUCGUGCCAAUCAAUGAAAUCAUAUUCGUCGCCUCUCAAGAUGAUAAACUAAGCGUCGAUAAAUUGGACCAAACAUUUCCUGAAUGGAACAAUCAAACAAACAAUUCAAUCAAAUUUCAUUUACAACGAAUCCAAAGAAGUCGUCAAGUUCAUCAAAGUUAUAUUUCAUCAAUUUGGACCAGUUUGAUUUCAUUAUAUCAUUCAUUUAAAAUUAUUUCAAGUAUACGCCCUAGAAUCUUAUUAUGUAAUGGCCCUGGUGUCUGUAUGCCUGUGAUUAUUGCCUGUCGGAUUGUUUCAAAUCGAACAACCAUCGUUUUUGUUGAAAGUUUUUGCCGUACCAGAUCUUUAUCAUUAACCGGAAAAAUUGUAUAUCAUACAAAGUUAGCUAACCAUUUCAUGGUACAAUGGCCAAAAUUAGCAGAUAAAUAUCCACGGGCUAAAUUUCUGGGGCUUUUAGUUUAACAAUUAUUUAUUUAAGUGGAAAUUUGAUUAAAAAAUUUUCAUUACAA